AUGGGUACAUUUUUGGUUGUAAUUUGGUUAAUUGGCUUGGGUUUGGUGGAUUCCUACAAGAAUAUCAAAACUGCCGAUAUUCUACAAUGGCACCAUUCACCUAAGGUAAAUGCAGUGAUUCAAAGUCUUGACAGGAAUGUAAAUUACAGCAGAGUUGGCUUUGGCUAUGACAUUCAUCGGGUUGUGAAUGCUGGUGAAGGCGGGAAAACGUUGAUUUUGGGCGGCGUCGAGGUACCUGGCGACUCUGUUAGGGUUUUGGCGCACAGUGAUGGUGACGUUGUUUUACACUCAAUUUCAGAUGCUGUGCUUGGAGCUUUGGGAAAAGGGGAUAUUGGUGACUACUUUCCAGAUACAAACCCUCAGUUUGAAGAUUAUAACUCCGUUAAAAUUCUAAGAAGAGUACUUGAAAUUGCCGAGGAAAUGGGCUACUCACUUGUAAAUGUAGAUGCCUGUAUAAUAUUAGAGUACCCGAAACUAGGCCCAGUAAAAUCGCAAAUUAAAGAAAACCUUCAAAGUCUUCUUGGCCAUGGCACAGUUGUUAAUGUCAAGGCUAAAACUAAUGAAAAACUCGACUCGAUUGGUAAAGGUUCUGCUAUUGCAUGCCAUGCAGUUGUACUAUUACAAAAUAUCUAA